GCUCAACCUGGCGUCCGGAGUUUAGUCCCCGCGCUGCCGUGGGCGAAGCUGGGUCUGUUUCUAGGGUCGCAGUGACUGCUGUCGCAUCGGGAUCUUGAUCGUGAUGGGUACAAAGGUGAAAGUCGGCGGCACAGAGUUGCUUCUCUUCACGUCGAUGAUCCUGUGCUUCCUGGCGUUGGGAAGGGGUGCGGUGCAAACUUAUGAACCGGUAGUCAAAGUUCCUGAGAAUAGACCUGCCAAGCUGUCCUGCUCCUACUCGGGCUUCUCCUCUCCCCGUGUGGAGUGGAAGUUUACCCAUGGGGAUAUCAGAGGUCUCGUUUGCUAUAACAACAAAAUCACAGCUUCCUAUGAGAACCGAGUCACCUUCUCGGAUAGUGGCAUCACCUUCCAUUCUGUGACGCGGAAAGACACGGGGAUGUAUACCUGUAUGGUCUCUGACGAAGGCGGCAACACCUAUGGGGAGGUCACCGUCCAGCUCAUCGUGCUCGUGCCUCCGUCCAAGCCUACGAUCAAUGUCCCCUCUUCUGUUACCAUUGGAACCCGAGCAGUGCUGACCUGCUCAGAGAAAGACGGCUCCCCACCGUCUGAAUACAAGUGGUUCAAGGAUGGGGUAGAGAUGCCCUUGGAACCCAAGAGCAACCGAGCCUUCAGCAACUCUUCCUAUACCCUGAACCCCAAGACAGGGGAGUUGACCUUUGAUCCCGUGUCAGCCUCUGAUACUGGAGAUUUCACUUGUGAGGCACAGAAUGGCUAUGAGUCACCCAUGAGGUCGGACGUUGUGCACAUGGAUGCUGUGGAGCUCAAUGUCGGGGGCAUCGUGGCAGCUGUCCUUGUAACACUCAUUCUCCUGGGAGCCUUGAUUUUUGGCAUCUGGUUCACCUAUAGCCGAGGCUACUUCGACAGAGCAAAGAAAGGGACCUCCAGUAAGAAGGUCAUUUACAGCCAGCCCAGUGCUCGAAGUGAAGGGGAGUUCAGGCAGACCUCGUCCUUCUUGGUGUGACCCUGGUCCGGCUUCUCUUCCUGUCCUCAGUGCUUGCCUUACUCAGGUGCUACCAGACUCUGGCCCCUGAUGUCUAUAGUUUCACAGGAUGCCUUAUUUGUCUUUGAACCCCAUCAGGGGCCCCCACUUUUAUCUUAGGUUGUGUUUUGUAAUAAUUUCAGCCAUGUGCA